GUGAAGAAAGCAUUCACAGAAAUGUAUGAUACCAUAGCCAUCUGUUACAGGUUCCUAUAAAUAAUAACAUGUUAAUAUGUAGCUGCUGCUUACAUUUGUAUUCAUUUAUUAAGUCAAAGUACAGUGUCUGUCACUAUGAAACAUGCGCUAAUGAAUAAAGUUGUUAAGAAUGACGCAGUCUGUGAAAACACGAUGAAGAGGCGCUGAAACUCCAGAUCCUGAGGGUUCACGGGGUUCACUCUAACUUGCAUAAACCUGGUAAUACCCGGGAAGUGACAUUUUUCAUUGUACAGCCUUGUUGCCACAGACCAAGGUGGGUCAUAAUCUGAAUUGAGAUGCUGGACUCCAGCGACAGCUCCUUGUCUCUGGACAAUCUGUUUUUUGAGAAGCCCAUUGUGCACAAAGUAACGCCACUACACCAGGAGGCAAGUCCAUGGCACUUGGAACUUCCGCCAUCCCUUUCUCAGAUUCCAGCCACUCAGUAUAUGCAGGAGGAGGCAGAAUCACUCUAUACCCUACCCAGUUUCUCACAUAAACAUGUGUCCCUGCCUCGCUUUAAAAUAUCCGCUGGCCUCAAAGUCCCAUCUAAUUCUGACCAUGACAAGAAAGAGAUUGAAGAGACUCAGAUUGCCAAGAGCAGGAGCAGCAUCAGCACAUGUGAUGGCCUUUGGGGAGGUGAAGGGUUCAGGGAUUACUCUGCGGGUGCCAUUCAGAGUGGCAGAGGUGGAGAUGAAUCCCUGCAGGACUCUGGUCAUGUGGGUAUCAGCAGAAGGUGUUUGGCUCUGGAUAGCACUAAAGACCCACCUUUACGGAAGAGCUUGUUCAAGGUUCAGGGUCUGAACAGUGAAGGUGACUCGUCAAGUAGAGACACCCUCAGUAGCAGCAGCGGUGGUGGCAGCAAGACAGCGUCCAGACCUCAAACUUUUCUCACUCGGGUUACCAUGGUGACAGUUCCUCCUCCUCUUCAGCUGCCAUGGACGACAGUUUGCCAGGCAGAUUCCCCUCUCCCUCCAAAGCCCCCCUUUACGCCCCCUCCUUUAGGCUCAUUUGCAGCGAGUAGCCAACCCCCACAGCAGGCGACACACUCAGAGAUGCCGGACAAGGGCACAAAGAGAGCCUUCGUCCCGCCUAUGACUCCUCAGCCGCUCUGCAUACAAGGUUCUUCUGGGUGUGAAGUUUUGCGACCUGUUUCUGAAAUCCCAUCUAAGUUCAGAUCAGUCUUCAACGAGUUCCCAUUUUUCAACUACGUUCAGUCCAAAGCGCUCGAUGACGUUCUUUACACAGAUAAGAACUUUGUGGCAUGUGCUCCUACUGGAUCUGGUAAAACAGUGCUGUUUGAGUUGGCCAUCAUUCGCAUGCUAAUGGAGACAGCUGAGCCCUGGAGAGAUGUCAAAGCUGUGUAUAUUGCACCUAUCAAAGCUCUGUGCAGCCAGUGCUUUGAGAACUGGACAAAGAAAUUUGGUCCUCUGGGACUGACCUGUAAGGAACUCACAGGAGACACAGAGAUCGACAACUUCUUUGAGAUUCAGGACUCGCACAUCAUCCUGACCACACCUGAAAAAUGGGAUAGCAUGACCAGAAAGUGGAAAGACAACUGUCUGCUGCAGCUGGUCAGACUCUUCCUUAUUGAUGAGGUGCAUGUGGUGAAAGAUGCAACUCGUGGUGCCACCUUGGAAGUGGUGGUGAGCAGAAUGAAGGCAGUACACACUUACAGAACAGUACAGAAUCCAGACGCAGGCCUCUCUAUGAGAUUUGUGGCUGUAUCAGCCACCAUACCCAACAUCUCUGAUAUAGCAGACUGGCUUUCUAAUGAGAGCGGUCCAGCCACAUAUCUGGAAAUGGAUGAGAGCCAUCGCCCAGUGAAGCUGAGAAAGGUGGUGCUGGGAUUCCCCUGCAACCCAAACCAAACUGAGUUCAAGUUUGAUCUGUCACUCAACUACAAGAUGGCCAACAUCAUACAGACUUACUCUGACCAGAAGCCAGCUUUAGUGUUUUGUUCUACCAGGAAAGGAGUCCAGCAGUCAGCUGCAGUUCUGGCCAAGGAUGCACGUUUCAUCAUGAACAUUGAACACAAGCAAAGGUUGUUAAAAUAUGCAAACUCUACUCUGGAUUCCAAACUUAGAGAUCUGGUGAUGUUAGGAGUUGGUUACCACCAUGCAGGAGUUGCUUUGUCCGAUAGGAAGCUGAUAGAAGAGGCUUUCACUCUGGGAGACCUUCCUGUUCUCUUUACCACCAGGACUCUGGCCAUGGGGGUGAACCUUCCAGCUCAUCUGGUGGUGAUCAAGUCCACGAUGCAGUAUGUUGCAGGCUCCUGUGAGGAGUACAGUGACGCAGAUUUGCUGCAGAUGAUAGGCCGAGCUGGAAGACCACAGUAUGACACAUCAGCAACUGCAGUGAUCAUGACCAAAGUUCAAACCAGAGACAAGUAUAUGAAACUUAUGAAUGGAAUGGAAAUCAUUGAGAGCAGCCUACAUGGUCACCUGGUGGAGCACCUUAAUGCCGAGAUUGUUCUCCAAACCAUCAGUGAUGUCAACAUGGCUCUUGACUGGAUUCGCUCCACCUUCUUGUACAUCAGAGCCCUCAAGAACCCUGCACAUUAUGGGUUCUCUGCCAACUCAGACAGACAUGGAAUCGAAGCAAAAUUACAAGAGCUGUGUCUAAGGAACCUCAACUCUCUGUCGUCCAUUGGUCUGAUCAACAUGGAUGAAGAUAUCAACAUCAAACCAACAGAGGCCGGGAGGUUGAUGGCUAGAUACUGUGUUGCCUUUGACACUAUGAAACAGUUCUGCAAUGUAGCUGGCACUGAGAACCUGUCUGACCUGAUUGAGCUGGUGUCCAAGAGCAGAGAGUUCAGUGACAUCCAGUUGAGAGUGACUGAGAAAAAGCCCUUGAAUACUUUGAACAGGGACAAGAACAGGACCACCAUCAGGUUUCCCAUUGAAGGAAAGAUCAAAACCAGUGAGAUGAAAGUGAACUGCUUGAUUCAGGCUCAGCUGGGUUCCAUCUCUAUUCAAGAGUUUGGACUUACACAGGACGCAGCAAAGAUCUUCAGGAAUGGUUUGCGCAUCAGCAAAUGUCUGUCAGAGUUUCUGAGUAAGAGAUCCAACACAGGUUUCUCUGCUCUGCUCAACUCCCUGAUCCUGGCUAAGAGCUUUAGAGCAAAGUUGUGGGAAAACUCACCAUACGUUUCCAAACAGCUGGAAAAGAUAGGCCAGACUCUGUCAACAGCCAUGGUAAAUGCUGGACUCACAACUUUCAGCAAAAUAGAGCAAACCAAUGCCAGGGAUCUGGAGCUGAUUGUAAACAGACAUCCACCCUUUGGCAACCAAAUAAAAGAAUCUGUCAUUCAUCUCCCAAAGUAUGAAGUUACGUUGGAGCAGCUUCCGAGGUACAGUUGUGCUACAGCAGAGAUUGUGGUGAAGGUGAACCUCAAAAACCAAGCACAGCUGCUCUCCAGAAGAACAGCUCCAGACCACCACUAUGUCUCACUGAUCAUUGGAGACUCUGACAACAAUUUGGUCUUCCUACAGAAACUCCCGGACUUGGUGCUGAUGAAGUGUGGCACAUGGUCAAAGAAAAUUGAAGUGGCAAAGGCCUCAAAAGGAGAGGAAAUCAGUGUCAAUCUCAUCAGUUCAGAAUAUGUGGGCUUGGACAUCCAGCAAAAGUUCAAUGUAUACUACUCUGGAGCCAGGAGGUUUGGUACUGAUAAUCCCUACAAUGGACCACAUGAUCGCGCUGGACAGAGUCGGCAGCAGUCUGUACUGAAUCCACCGUCCACAGAACAGGCAACACCUCAGUGGGAAAAUGCCACUUCUGUGACAGACCAAGAUUCAGACAACAAAAGACAAUGCAACCACUUCUGCAAGAAUAAGGAUCUCUGUGGCCACGACUGCUGUAAAGUCGGAGUAACCGUGACAAAGAAGAGAUCAGCAAAUCAAGAGUCUAGUUUCUCUUCCUAUUUAAGAGAUCUUAGGAGCAGAUGUGACACACUGGCACAGACUCCUGUCAAAAGACUCAAGAUGAAAAUGAAUGAGGAGUCUUUGUCUGUCAACAUGCAUGGGUUUGCAUACAAACCCAAAGACAGGCUUACUACUGUUUCCAGGUAUGGGACCAAUCACUAUGGGGCUUCAGUGAGACUGCACUCGGACACUGUGGCUCUAACAGGACAAGACUGCAACCAACCAGCAGACGAUGUUCAUCUGGACAAUUCUGUCAAUGAUUAUAACAACUAUUCUGGGGACAUGUACGAUGCAAUGGAAAAAGUGACCCAAACUCCUGCUGCAUCUCGUGCUCACCAUCAAAGUUCCUUUGUCUGGAAGAAGCCUGGAAUGUGUGGUUGGAGUCAGAAUCCUGAACAACUUCGAAGCCAGAUCAAUACAAGCAGCUCCAGUUACUCUAAGUGGUCCUCUGCAGUAACAAACCAGAUCAAUCACCUUGACACUGACUCAUUCUCACAAAUACCGACAGUCAGCUUUGACCUGGGUAAUGACUGGGAUGACUGGGGCGACUUUGACGAUGAGAACUUGGUCAAUGCCAGCAAGACAUCGUUUGACACAUGCCUGAAAAAUCCUGAACCUCCAAUCCAGAAGUCUGUUGAGAACAACAUUCAAGGCUUUGCCGCUGCAGCAACACCACAUUUCCUCACCUCCUCACAAGUCAAACCCUCUAUAACCUCUGCCAGGACACCACUGAAGGGGAUUUCCUCCUUGGUCACUGUCGAACCACAGAAUAAAGUCUCACCUGACUGUAAUAAAAAGAUGGCGUUGUCUCCUGUGUGUACUGAAAGCAUCAGCACAGAUGGCUGCAAUUUCAAACAUGACCGAGGUUACAGGAAGAGAAAUGUUACAAGAGAUGUGGAGAUGGACAUUGAGUUCCUCUACAAAGCCGUUCCUCAGUUGGCCAAGGUUUUCCGCAUCAUAGACAAAAUUGGUGAAGGUACAUUCAGCUCGGUGUACCUGGGUGAGGCUCAGGUGCGAGAUGGAAGGAAAGAAAUGUUUGCUUUAAAGCAUCUCAUCCCGACCAGCCAUCCUACACGCAUUGCUGCUGAGCUUCAGUGUCUCAAUGUUGCUGGAGGCAGAGAAAAUGUGAUGGGGGUGUCAUACUGCUUCAGGAAGGAAGAUCAUGUGGUGAUUGUCAUGCCCUAUAUGGAGCAUCAAGCUAUUGUGGACAUCAUUGGCUCACUAAGCUUUGAUGAGGUCCGUCUGUACAUCUAUCACCUGUUGAAAGCCUUGAAGCACAUCCACCAGUUUGGCAUCAUUCACCGUGACAUCAAACCAAACAAUUUCCUCUUCAACAGGGGCAGCAGAACGUAUGCCCUGGUGGACUUUGGCCUGGCUCAGGGAACAGCAGACACCCAGAUUGAACUGCUGAAGGUGGUGAGGCAGAGGCCAACACAUAAAGGUGGAGGGUCCACAGUGAAGCAAGAUGCCACACAGCGGAGCAAAGCACUACCCAGACCACACCCUAAAACCACAAGCAUUACCACAGCCUCAACCUCACUACCUCUGCCUCCCAAACAAUCCACGGCCCUGCCAUCUUGCUCCUCUUCUUCCACUACCACCAUCACCACCACAUCUUCUUCAGCUUCUAGGAAAACACUAGUUAAAAAAGCACGUUCUGUCACCACCACCUCCACACCCCGCACAAAACACAUAAAGGAUUUGGCAGAACUGCACAAAGAGCCGAGGCCCGUUUUUGGAGAGAAGAACAUGAACAGCUGCCCUCCAGCUGCCUCCACCACCAAACAAUCGGUUGUCAAGACAGAACUGUUAAAGCCUGUCAAAACAGAGGACUCAGCCAGCAGAAGGUACUCGCCACCCAAUCGGGUUUCUCCAUCUGUCAGGACCCAGAGCAGCGGUCAGAAGCCACAGAGGUCUGUACAGCCAGGCCUCACCUGUAACUGCUACAUGACCGACCGCGUCUGCAAUGUCUGCAUGUCCAGGAAGCAGCAGGUGGCACCCAGAGCUGGAACUCCAGGCUUCAGAGCCCCAGAAGUUCUUACAAAGUGUCCCAACCAAGGGACAGCCAUAGAUGUGUGGUCAGCUGGUGUAAUACUGCUCUCACUGCUCAGUGGUCGUUACCCAUUCUUCAAAGCCAGCGACGACCUUAUUGCUCUCACACAGAUUAUGACCAUACGAGGCUCCAGAGAGACCAUACAGGCUGCCAAGUCAUUUGGGAAGGCAGUGGUUUGCAGUCAGGUAUUUCCUCAGCAGGAUCUCAGAACACUGUGUGAGACGCUCAGAGGACGAAGACCAUCGCCAGAUGAUGUCACACCACUUCACGGAGCCACCAAAGACUCCACUCACCAUCAGAAGAUCCAAGAUGAUACUCCUACACGUCAUCCCACUGAAGGAACAUUAAAGCAACAUCAGGAUGACGAGGCUGAAUCUCAUUUGCCGGUCUCUUCUAGUCUCCCAAAACGCCAGGAGGUCUCAAGCAGCAGCAAAAAAACCUCCAGUCAUUUCACUGAACAGAGCUCAGAGGCAGAGGACUCUGACAGGGGCUGGGACAGAGUUCCCGAUGAGGCCUACAACUUGCUGGACCGAUUGCUGGACCUGAACCCUGCCACCAGAAUCACAGCUGCUCAGGCUCUUCAGUACCCAAUGUUCAAAGACCUGCCAGAAUCUAAUUAAAUCUUUUCCCUCCCAGUAAGACAUUUUAAAUUCUACAGACUAAAUAUUAAUUUAAAGGUCCAGUGUCUAAGAAGGGGUGACAUCUCAUGGUAAGACUGCAGAUUGUAAUAAAUGCAGAGCUCCUCUGCUCCUUCCUACAGAACUGCAAUCGUUUUCACAUCUAAGACAGGAUGUCACUCUUUGUUUUUGCAGUAAGCUUUCAAAACACACCCUCUGUCUGGUUUGUCUGUUUAAGCUAAAAUGCACAUAUAAGUGGUUUAUUUUGAGGCUAUUAAAACCAAACCUAAUA